AAUACACAGUAACUAGUAGCCCUGAAAGAUCUGAGAAUCAGCAUGCGUGUACGAUCAGAUCCUCCUUGGCAUCCACAUUCAAUUUCCGUCUCCGUACGUAAUGACAAGGUUCACAACCCGGGAAGAAGUCGCCCGUUUGACGGUGCGACCCCAUCCCCAACCCCUGGCCUUCAUAAACCUCAGCCACCCGGCCAACCACCGCUCAUCGUUCGAGACCUCUUUGAAACGCCUAUUUGUAACAAAGUCUGCCGCAGAUUACGACAACAACGCCAUUACGACAACGCCAUCAUUACUACAUGCUACUACUCUCCUACAAAGCACCAGUCUACAUACCUAACGUAGGCUCCCUCUUUCGCAUUCAUUACCUAACACAAUCGACAAUAAUAAUAAUAACAUUAUUUAUUGUCUAUCUGGGCAAAGCAAAAAAGAUUCCAUUGAAAUACAAAUCGCCCUGCUCUUUACUUGCGGGAGAAAAAGCUUGGCAUUCAUUUCUCUUCCCAUUCUUUGUUUGCUCCCGUCUCUAUUUCUCUUCGGCUGGCCUGGACUGGCGAUUGUAGUGCUGCGCAUUCUACGGCCGUUGAAUUUCCCUUUGAUUUUCUUUUCUCCUCUUUUCUUUUCGAGUCUGAUUGUAUUUUACGCUAUUAGAAUUCCUCGCAUCUUGAUACCCGAGGAAGAAUAAGAAAGAAAAAGGCACAAUGUUCGGAAAGACACGUCUCCCUCCCUACACUCCGUCGGUGAACGACGUGGUGCGCCGUCAAUACGUCGAGGAUGAGAAUGGUCGUUACGUAUGGUUUUGGUAUACUCGGACAGGCGUGAUUGUCAAAUGGUCACUGUUCCUGGGUAUCUUGCUCCUACUGAUGCUAUACCUUGUCCUCGGCCGCAUGCAUGCCAGGAAGCUCAUCCGGCAAGGCAGGAAACCAAUGGCCUACCACGGCUGGCUACUUUCCCGCCAAGAGAGAGGCACCGUCGACCCGCAAUAUGCUUGGCCGCAAGCUUCCUACACAACCUACCAACAGGGGCCGGGUUACGGAGCUCCUAACUACGGCAUGCAUCAUAUGCCUCCUCCCGUCUACGACCCUAACAACCGACCCCCGAUGUAUGAGGGAGGCCCGCCGCCGAUGGGAAGCACUAAGAUCGAUCCCGUACAGACCGGUGUAGAGCCGGCACGACAACCCGCUGGCGAUGACUAUGCACCGCCUCCCGGACCGCCACCAUCUGCUGCGCAGAGAUAGACGGUUGAUUAGGGACGGAUGAGCACGCGGGCGGUUAUGUUAUUUAAUGUUGGGAAGGGGGGAAAUGACUGCAUGGAGGACUUGUCCAAAUUCAUACCCAAACUUGCAGUACGUAGCAAGAAAUAGCACUGAAUAUGACGGAUAACUUGUACGAUUUGUGUAUAGGACAAUAAUUUCAUUAUAGCC